UGGUGUCUCUCGUGUUAUUGGCGCCAGUCGGUCAAUAGACAUCAUUUCUGCGAAGGAGAAAGGGUUACAAUCUGAGUCCCUGAUAACCGCUGUGAUGGAAUGGAUUGAUGGCAUUGGUGAUUUAUAUGACAAUUCCUCUUCCGGGGACUAUUGUUGUGAUGAUGGUGGUGAUGUGUGCGACCUGAAGGAGGGAAAGCAGUUUGAGGCGGUGUUCAUCCCAGUUCUGUACUCGGUGGCGUUUGUUGUGGGUGUCCUGGGGAACGGGGUGCUGCUGGGAGUUCUGGCUCAGAGCAGGAGGACGUGGAGUGUGACAGACACCUUCAUCCUCCACCUGGGUGUGGCAGACAUCCUGCUGCUGUUGACGCUGCCCCUCUGGGCUGCACAGUCCGCUCAAGUUCAAGGAUGGACCUUUGGCACUCCUCUCUGUAAGAUCACUGGAGCUGUUUUUACGAUCAACUUCUACUGUGGGAUCUUUCUGCUGGCCUGCAUCAGUCUGGACCGCUACCUGUCCAUCGUCCACGCCACCCAGAUGUACUCCCGCAGGAAGCCCUGGGUCGUGCACGUCAGCUGCUCGGCAGUGUGGCUCUUCUCCCUGCUCCUCUCCAUCCCUGACUGGAUCUUUUUGGAAGCUGUGCACGAUGAAAGACGAGACAAAACAGUGUGUGUUUGCAACUACUUCAAGUUUAACUCUGAGACAGUCGGUGACUGGCGACUGGCAUCACGCCUGAUCUACCACACGGUGGGCUUCCUGCUGCCUUCAGCCGCCUUGAUCUUCUGCUACUCCUGCAUCCUGUGCCGGCUGCACAGCGGCUCCCAAGGCCUUCAAAAGCAGAAAGCUUUCAGGAUCAUAGUGGCCGUGGUGAUGGUUUUCUUCAUCUGCUGGACGCCAUACAACAUCACACUCAUGGUGGACACACUUACUUCGAACAACACCAUCACAGACAGAUGUGGAGUCCAAACGUCUCUGGACAAAGCCAAGAUAGUCACCUCCUCCGUGGGUUACCUCCACUGCAGCCUCAAUCCCAUCCUGUACGCCUUCGUGGGUGUGAAGUUCCGCCGUCAGCUCCUGGACAUCCUGAGGUCUCUGGGCUGCAAGCUGAAGAUGAGUCCCAAAUUGCAAUCUGUUGGUCCGAGCAGGAGAAGCUCCUUAUGGUCCAACUCUGCCGACACCUCCAACUCCAUCGCUGUCUGAGAGAGACGCACAAACAUAUUAACAAGCAUGUGUACAAACCUGAACAAGCCGACAAAGUAAACUGACACGAAGACAGAGAUAAAAGUCCUGUGUUAUUCCUUUCCUCUCAUUUCCUGUAGUUCAUGGGGCAUUAGUAGCUGAACAAAAAAAGAUUGUGUCGGUCCGGGACGUGUCAUACACCUGUACUUCCUUUUCUUGUAGAAAAAUAACAUUUCCCUUUUUCUGAUUGCAAGGCUACAUUACAUACCAUGUACUACUGCAGGGAGUGUUGUUACUGCAGCUUUUAAAUUACAUUUUAAACUACGUAUUUUGUACACAGAAAUGAAACUGUAUUAUGCUUUUGUAAAUAGAUUGUUCAAAUACAGAAUUAAAUGUUGUGUUUUGAGUCAUUAGUCAGUGUCUGCUCAACAUUACAGUCCUUUUAAAUUCUUAAUAUGUUACUGUUUCAGGCAUUAAAAACAUACCUGGCAGAUUGUAAGGCUUUUAAACAACACUUGGACCAUAAUGUACAUUUACAGAAAAUAAAACUGAAGAUUAAUAAAUAUAUUUUUUAAAUACCUGUAUGUAGUAUGUGUUUCUGUAUAAUCCAAAAACACAUUAAAAACGUAUGUGCAUAGAA